AGUUUGUGCGUCCACGCACGCGGAGCUGAGUAGAGUGAAACUAGUGGAUAGCCCGUCAGAAGAGUUAUCAAAACAGAUUUAUAAUUCACAUAAUUGCGUCUGGAGCCAUGGCAACCGACUCAUGGGCUCUUGCUGUGGACGAACAAGAGGCUACAACCAAGUCUAUUGGGAGUUUGCGGAUUAUGGAUGUGGGAGAUGCACCUGUUCUUUGCACUAAUGGAAGAACAAAACCCAUUGAUGAUGGUGACAAAUCCGAUGAAGAGGAGAAAGAGGACAAAGCCACACAGUCCCUCUUAAAUAAGCUGAUCAGAAGCAAUCUAGUCAACAACACAAACCAAGUGGAGGUUCUUCAGAGAGAUCCAAACUCCCCUCUAUAUUCAGUGAAGACCUUUGAGGAGCUGAGAUUGAAACCUCAGCUGCUCAAAGGCGUGUAUGAAAUGGGCUUCAACAGACCCUCUAAAAUCCAAGAGAAUGCACUUCCCAUGAUGCUUGCCGAACCACCUCAAAAUCUGAUCGCUCAGUCUCAGUCUGGUACCGGUAAAACGGCUGCCUUCGUGUUGGCCAUGCUCAGCCAUGUGGAUCCAGCCCUUAAAUGGACUCAGUGUUUGUGCAUUUCUCCCACUUAUGAGCUUGCUCUGCAGACGGGUAAAGUCAUUGAACAGAUGGGCAAAUUCUACCCAGAGGUCACUCUGGCGUAUGCUGUUCGUGGACACAGAAUGGAGCGUGGUAUUAAAAUCACAGAGCAAAUUGUCAUUGGCACACCCGGAACCGUUCUGGACUGGUGCAUCAAGCUGAAGCUCAUCGACCCAAAGAAGAUCAAAGUGUUUGUUUUGGAUGAGGCUGAUGUUAUGAUCGCCACACAGGGCCACCAGGACCAGAGCAUUCGCAUUCAGAGAAUGCUUCCCAAAGGCUGCCAGAUGUUACUUUUCUCUGCUACAUUUGAGGAGUCUGUGUGGAAGUUUGCAGAGCGGAUUGUGCCAGACCCCAACAUCAUCAAGCUCAAACGAGAAGAAGAGACCCUGGACACUAUCAAGCAGUAUUAUGUGCUCUGCAACAGCAAGGAGGACAAAUUCAAUGCACUCUGUAACAUUUAUGGAGCUAUCACUAUAGCACAAGCUAUGAUCUUCUGUCAUACUCGGAAAACAACCAACUGGCUUGCAGGGCAGAUGUCUAAAGAAGGCCACCAGGUGGCACUCCUCAGUGGUGAAAUGGUGGUCGAGCAAAGAGCUGCAGUUAUUGAACGUUUCAGAGAGGGCAAAGAGAAGGUUCUCAUCACUACUAAUGUCUGUGCAAGAGGUAUUGAUGUCGAACAGGUGUCCGUGGUGAUCAACUUUGACCUGCCUCUGGACAAAGACAACAAUCCAGACAAUGAGACAUACCUCCACAGGAUCGGUAGAACAGGACGAUUUGGCAAGAGAGGGCUUGCCAUCAACAUGGUGGACAGCCAGCGCAGCAUGGAGAUUCUCAAGACAAUUGAAAGGCAUUUUAAUAAGAAAAUUCUGAGGCUGGAUACAGAUGAUCUUGAUGAAAUCGAAAAGAUCUCCAACUGAAGUAACGAAGACCCAAAAUGCACUCCACGUUACGUCAUCAAAAUCAGUUCUGCUGUUACCUCGUUAGAUUUCAUGCUUGAUUAAACAACAUUGGUGCCACACUUUGUAUGUGAAAGCUAGUGUUGCAAAGACAGAUGUUUACAUUAAUUACAGACUUUAACACUUUAACUCUAAUCUUUAUGCCAAAUAGUUUUGAUUCCAAGCUAAUAGUUGUUACAGGAGGAAUCCGUUUGCGUUUAAAAGAGUGUCUUGCUAUAUUUCCAUUAGAAGUGAACCACUGUUACUAUACUAAUUCCUAUAUUUUGUCUUGUUUUCUGAUUUUAUGUAGUCAUUUUGUCUGUUAGCUAAUGGACUAAUGAAGCAUAUGUUGCGUUGUGUUGCACUGUUAAAUAAUUAGUCUACCUUUUGGUCUUAAAUGUGAAUAUAAUUACAACUGACUUAAAUAUAUAAGCUAUGAAAGCAUACGUUAGGAAGAGGAGCGGACAAAGAUCUUAGUGUGCGUACAAAUUGGCACCAAAUUAUAAGGUACAGAAAUGACCAGUCCCAAAACACUAACAUUCCUCAAGCGCACUUUAGAUUAUAAAACACGAUAGACCAUUAUCUUGAUGUUUAACAAAAAACAUUGUACUUAAAUGGCACACCAAGCUUUGGAUUUUUUUUUUAAUUUUAUUUUGACAAUAUAAUCCAAAAUUCCUCUCGAGUUAUUUUGAGGUUUAGAAAGGAAACUGUUAAAGUUAAGAAGACCAAAAAUAGUUUUUUAGUUGAAAGUUGAAAAGUUGAGUUUUAGUUGAAAUGUGAAUUUCUCUUAACACUGGCUAGCAUGUUCUGUUUCGUUGCAGGAAAUGCAGCACUUUUACCAAGUGCAAUUAGGUACUGAAAGGUAAUAUAGCUAUAUUGUUAGAAAAUGAUUGCAAUGCUGCUGUUUACAAAAACCAAAAUCAUUUUACUUUUGUUUGUUCAAUUUUUGCUGCUCAAAGUAAUGCACUUUGGUUGACUGAAACUUUGCAUUUGCAAGUGCUGUGAGUGAAGUUUAUUAGUUUAAAAUGUAAUACUUGAUAACAGUUUUCUGCAGCAUUUGAGUUUCUUUUUUUGCACAUUUGCUGCAUUUGUUUUAUAGUUGUUUCUUAGCUAUUCUUAUAAUAAUAAAGAUCUUUUUGGUGUAUCCAUAAUAUUCACUUUCAUGCAACAUCUGUUAUAUUCUUAUGUACACAGUUUCAGAUGAGCUGUGUUCUAGAUUCAUAUCAGUACUUUCAUUCUUGCGCUGUAUUUUCUGUAACUUCUCUACCGGUUUUUCCUACGCACUCUGCAAAAGACUCCAAAAAAUGAUUUGUUAGGUUGUAGGCAUUUAUGUACAUUUGACUUGCAAUCUGUGAGGUUACAUCUUAUGAAAGCAUUUCUGGGUUCAUGUUUAUACUCAAAAUCUAAUUUAAAUGAUUGAUCCGUGUUCAGUACAAGUUCAGUUGGCAUUAUUUGUGGCAUAAUGUUGAU